AUGGGAAUCAGCAACCAGAGCAGGGUAACUGAAUUCAUCAUCAUGGGAUUCCCAAACCUUCAGGAUUUCCGUGCCCUCGUCUUCAUCCUGCUGCUUCUCAUCUACUUCCUCACCAUCCUUGGCAACGUGGUGAUUUUCACAGUCAUCUGGUCAGAUGCUCGACUUCAUACCCCUAUGUACUUCUUUGUCAGCACUUUAUCUUUCUUGGAAAUCUGGUAUACGGCAACUACUAUCCCCAAAAUGCUGUCAAACUUACUCAGCGAAAGGAAAAGCAUCUCUUUCACUGGGUGCCUCUUACAGACAUAUUUCUUCCAUUCACUUGGAGCCACUGAAUGUUACCUGCUUACAGCAAUGGCUUAUGACCGGUAUUUAGCUAUCUGUGAUCCCCUGCACUACCCUGCCAUUAUGACCACAAAAAUGUGUGCUCGGCUGGCCGCCGGCUGUUGGAUUUGCGGCUUUAUAUGUCCAGUUACUGAAGUCAUCUUGGUCUCCAAGCUGCCUUUCUGUGGCCCUAAUAAAAUUCAGCAUAUUUUUUGUGACUUCCCCCCACUGCUGAGCCUAGCCUGUACAGACACUUCCAUCAAUGUCCUGGUCGAUUUUAUAAUCAACUCAUUUAUCAUUCUGGUGACGUUUCUGUUCAUCAUGGUGUCCUAUGUCAAGAUUAUAAAAACUGUAUUGAAAAUACGCACAGCUAAGGGGAGAAGAAAGGCUUUCUCCACUUGUGCUUCUCACCUAACUGUGGUUCUGAUAUUUUUUGGGAGUAUUACAUUCAUGUAUGUUAGGUUGAAAGAAAGUUAUUCCUUGGAUUAUGACCGGGCAUUUGCUGUGAUUUAUGCUGUUUUGACUCCUUUGGUCAACCCAGUCAUCUACAGUCUACGGAACAAAGAAAUACUGAAUGCAAUAAAAAGGAAAAUCCCUCACAAAAGAAUGGUAAACACCAGUGCAUAG